GAACUACAACUCCCAGCACCGUGGCGGCCCGGACUCCCGGAAGCCGAAUCCCGGCUGGGAGGAAGCAGCUGAGACCCGGCCCACAGACUGGGGGUUAAUUUAGCCAGAAAAGGGGGCGGGAAGGGCUGUAGGGUACUUGUCAAUUCGCCGCCAUGAACGUGGUUUUUGCUGUGAAGCAGUACAUUUCCAAAAUGAUAGAGGACAGCGGGCCUGGUAUGAAAGUACUUCUCAUGGAUAAAGAGACGACUGGCAUAGUGAGUAUGGUAUACACACAAUCGGAGAUUCUACAGAAGGAAGUGUACCUCUUUGAACGCAUUGAUUCUCAAAAUCGAGAGAUCAUGAAACACCUGAAGGCAAUUUGUUUUCUUCGACCUACAAAGGAGAAUGUGGAUUAUAUGAUUCAGGAGCUCCGAAGACCCAAAUACACUAUAUAUUUCAUUUAUUUCAGUAAUGUGAUCAGCAAGAGUGACGUGAAGUCAUUGGCUGAAGCUGAUGAACAGGAAGUUGUGGCUGAGGUUCAGGAAUUUUAUGGUGAUUACAUUGCUGUGAACCCACAUUUGUUUUCCAUCAAUAUUUUGGGUUGCUGCCAGGGUCGAAAUUGGGAUCCAGCCCAGCUAUCUAGAACAACUCAAGGGCUUACAGCUCUCCUUUUAUCUCUGAAGAAGUGUCCCAUGAUUCGUUAUCAGCUCUCAUCAGAGGCAGCAAAGAGACUUGCAGAGUGCGUUAAGCAAGUGAUAACUAAAGAAUAUGAACUGUUUGAAUUCCGUCGGACAGAGGUUCCUCCAUUGCUCCUUAUUUUAGAUCGCUGUGAUGAUGCCAUCACCCCAUUGCUAAACCAGUGGACAUAUCAGGCCAUGGUCCACGAACUACUAGGCAUAAACAACAAUCGGAUUGAUCUUUCCAGAGUGCCGGGAAUCAGUAAAGACUUAAGAGAAGUGGUCCUAUCUGCUGAAAAUGAUGAAUUCUAUGCUAAUAAUAUGUACCUGAACUUUGCUGAGAUUGGUAGCAAUAUAAAGAAUCUCAUGGAAGAUUUCCAGAAGAAGAAACCAAAAGAACAGCAAAAACUAGAAUCAAUAGCAGACAUGAAGGCGUUUGUUGAGAAUUAUCCACAGUUCAAGAAAAUGUCUGGGACUGUUUCAAAGCAUGUGACAGUGGUUGGAGAACUGUCUCGAUUGGUCAGUGAGCGGAAUCUGCUGGAGGUUUCAGAGGUUGAGCAAGAACUGGCCUGUCAAAAUGACCAUUCUAGUGCUCUCCAGAAUAUAAAAAGGCUUCUGCAGAAUCCCAAAGUGACAGAGUUUGAUGCUGCCCGCCUGGUGAUGCUUUAUGCUUUACAUUAUGAGCGACACAGCAGCAAUAGCCUGCCAGGACUAAUGAUGGACCUCAGGAAUAAAGGUGUUUCUGAGAAGUAUCGAAAGCUCGUGUCUGCAGUUGUUGAAUAUGGUGGUAAACGAGUCAGAGGAAGUGACCUCUUCAGCCCCAAAGAUGCUGUGGCUAUCACCAAACAAUUCCUCAAAGGACUGAAGGGAGUAGAAAAUGUAUAUACACAGCAUCAACCUUUCCUACAUGAAACCCUGGAUCAUCUCAUCAAAGGAAAGCUUAAGGAAAACCUAUAUCCUUAUUUAGGCCCCAGCACACUCAGAGACAGACCUCAGGAUAUCAUUGUGUUUGUAAUUGGAGGAGCCACCUAUGAAGAGGCUCUAACAGUUUAUAACCUGAACCGCACCACUCCUGGAGUGAGGAUUGUCCUGGGAGGCACCACAGUGCACAACACGAAAAGAGACGGGGAUUCACCAUGUUUCCCAGGCUGGUCUCGAGCUCCUGAACUCAAAGUGAUCCACCUGCCUUGGCCUCCCAAAGUGCUGGGAUUACAGUUUCCUAGAGGAAGUUCUGGCUUCUGGACUGCACAGCCGAAGCAAGGAGAGCUCUCAAGUCACAUCAAGGUCAGCGAGCAGAAGAUGAAACGAUGGUUGGGGGAAGGGCACAGCUUCCUCUCUUGUCCCUACUACAGGCUUUCCCUACUAAACAAAGGUGUUGGAGAGCAGCUUUGGGUUCUGUGCUGGUUGUUAGAACUCAUCUCCAGGUAGCCCACGGAUACGUGGUUGGCACAGACACAAGACUCCCAGAGUUGUCCUAACAAUAAGUCUGAGCCCAUCUCAACCCACUUUUCUCCGGUAGUCUUUAUGUAUCUGUUAGCACAAUCACUUCAGUUACUGAUGAAUUUUGUUGGGAUCUGACUUGGGGAAAGGGUUAUCAGAGCCUAGAGGGGCUUAAAAAGUGAUCAUUUGAUGUACAUACCACAUUCCUUGGCUUCCUUUCUCUUCCCUUAACCCUUUCUGCUUUUCGUUAACCACAUUCCUGCACAACUCAUUUCUGAAAACCUACCAUGUUUCUUUACAGAGCCAUCCAAAAAUUUUUUGUCCCUACAUAGCAAUUUUCUGUGGCACUGAGAAACCAUGUAUGACCACAAUAAAAAUCCAUUUUGUGAAAGGA